UAUCUAAUACGAUAUCUGAUCAUCGGAAAACUAUUGCCUGGUUUUGAUAUUUUUAGUGGAUACGUGUCGUAUCAAAACUGAAAGAAAAUAAUCGUAAAAGCCACAAAAAGACUUAGAUGUACCCGAAAGAUGUCAACGUCUUCAACUUGCAUUGAACACACUUCAGAAGAAAUUAGAUUCUAUUGCGAAGAAUGUAAUGUUUUUGUAUGCGAUGACUGUGUUUCAGGACAAGGAAAACAUAUUAAAUGUAAUAAAAUUAAACUUAAUGAAUAUGGUGCCAAGAACAAACAAAUUUUGAUUGAAAAUGUUGAAAAAAUAACUAAUAAAAAUCUCCCACGUUUGAACGAGACAUUGGAACUUACCACCAAAGUUAAAGGAUCUUUUAACAAAUCAGUUGAUGAAAACAUUACUGAAAUUCGAUCAAAGACACAAGUAAUAAAGGCAAUUUUUGAUGAAUUACAAGAAGAAACAAUACGACAAAUUGAUGAAUUGAGGCGACAAGCGAACAUGAAAUUUGAUGAAUUUCUUAAUCAUCAUCAUAAUCGAUAUAGCAAAUUAGUACAAAUAACAGAGAAAGUCCAGCAACAAAAAUCCGACAUUCAGCCAUCAGAUGUUGUAAAAUUUGAUUCCGAAAUGAAAAAAAUGUUGCAUACCGAACACGACUCGGAAAUCAUCCCGAAACUCGAACCACCCUGUUUUGAAAUAGAUGAGCAGUAUUUAACAAAAGAAUUUUAUCAGGAUAUUUUUUAUUCCAAGAAUAAAAAGGAUGAAGAGAAAAACAGAAUCUUGUACACAUAAGAAGGAUAAAGAAGAACCAAACUCCUUCGCAGAUAUUAUAGAACCUGUCUCGUCUGCAAAAGAAACCAAUUCAGGCCUAAACAUGAAUGAACAAGUAACAGAUACAAACUAUGAUGAAAAUUCAAGUGACAUAUAUGUGUCAAACUCUGCAAACAAAGCCGAUAGGAAAUUAAGGGCCUUAGCAGUUCAUAACAAAGACUUAAACUACAAGAUGAUUAAAUCGUUCAAAUGUGAAAAUACUGUUACUUUAAUUGUACCGAAGACAAAUGUUUAUGAGGCUUGGGUUAUCGGAGUUGAUAUCAGCGAGGUUAAUUUAAAGCAAUCAGUACCUCAAUUUACAACUCUCCUUCCACGUAUAGAUGGAGAACCAUUUACAGCUGGAAAAAGUCAAAAGCAUGGUUUGGUAAUAGGUCUUAAAAACAGGAGGACCAUCAAACUACUUCAAGCGGUGACUGGAACUCUAAGAAGAACUUCGAACGUGUGCAAAUUGGUUCCCCAUAUAAAUGCACAUGCUCAGCAUUUGUCAGCAAUUUGUACCGUAUCAAUGCAAGAGAAAGACAAAGAUAUCGCGGUAUUACUACGUGACUACCAGUUGACAGGAAGUAAAGAAAAGGGAGCAGUCAUUCGAUGGUAUUCUGGCAAGAAAUUAAAAACGAAUGACCUUAAAAUUUGCAACAAUGUUGAAAUUGAAAAUCCAGUGUACAUGGACGAGUGUAUGAACGGUAACAUUUGCAUUACACGUGCGCCGGACGAAAAAUCAUCGUGGAUACAACUUAUUGACAAACAUGGGAAUCACAAGAUAAGGUAUCCACCAAAAGAUGAAAAAUCUUUAGACAAGAACGUUGUAUAUUCAUUUAUUGGCGCUGGAUUUCUGAGAGAUGGUCGUAUAACAAUUUUGGAUCGAGUGAGCUUUCGUCAGCAUCUUUUAGAUGACAAUGGAAAGCUUAUCACAAUAGACCAUUACCAAAACCAACCAUCAUCUUUUGCAGUUGACAUUUACGACAACAUCUGGAUUGGAUUUGAUGAUGGAACAGUUCAAGUGAUGGAAUAUAAGGACGGGUGGUAUGAAGACAUUGAAAUUAAUGAUUAAUAUUUUCAAAGAGGUUACAGGCAGUUUGUUAUAUAAAUAAAAGGAGAUGUGGGGUACAUCCCAAUUAGGCAGCAACCUUACACCUCAAUGAAACCACAAAGGACAACAAAUGAUCAACGCCUGGUCUUCCACAACAAACCUUAUGUUUUGAGAAUUAAUCAAAGAAUUUCAAAAGCUCCAUCAUUAUCCAAAUAUUCUAAAAAAAAAACGUCAACAUGAAUAUGUAACUAAAGACAACUGACGGUGUUCUGGACUUGACAGGUACAUCUGUAUGUAGCAGGCUUGAACUAGUUAAGGUGCCCAACCCUCAAUAUAAGAAAAAGAUGUUAUUUUCAAUUUCAUUAAAGGACAUCCGUAUUUGUACGGAAGAAGGCUAUUCUUUCCUUGCCUGGAAGUCCGAUACGGUUCGUACAUGUAUAAUUUUACAUGAAUUUAAUUUCAGCAUUACGGCGAUAUAAAGUCUCUACCACAAAUUC